GGGAGGGAGGGUACGUUUUACACCACGAUCAAAGCUGUCACGCAUAACACGGCGUUAGAAGUGUAUAGUCAUAUUAAACUGACCUUCAAGAAUGUUUGCUUGCCUCUUUGUGGUCAUGCUGGGGCUUUGCUUCUGUAGCAAAGGGAACAGCCAGUCUACUCUGGGGCGUCCAAGCCUUUUUAUCCCUUCGGAAGCUCUGGUGGACAGCUUUGUAGAUUUUUAUUGUGAAAUAGAAUUCCCUCCAGAGAAUGAAACUGUCCUGUUUCAGGUAUUCAACAAGGAUAACCAUGACAGGUUGCUGGGCGAAUACACCUCCUUGAACAGAGAGGUUGCAAUAAUUCCCCAGAUAAUCCAACUGCACCAUGAGGGCAACCUGGAGUGUGUGGCCAAGGCUCAAAACAACUCUAACGUGGAGCCCACUGUCAGCGACACACAGUACCUGAAGGUCAUUGAGCCAGUGAGGGGUGCAGAGGUUGUCGUUCCACAGAGUCAAGUGGACUUCUUUGAAGGGGAGACACUGCAGCUAAACUGUGAACUCACUGCUGGAAACCAUGUCUCCUACAAGUGGCUGUUGAAUGGACAGCUUGUCUCACCGUCACCUCUCCACCAUGUUGCAGAUAAAAAUCUCUUGAUCGACAGAGCUACUUCGAAAGACACGGGAUACUAUAUGUGCGUCGCCACCAACCACUUCAACAAAACUAACAUCUUCACCUCCAAUAGCUCUGAAGUUAUGAUCACAUUCAAAGAGAGGGUGUCAAUCCCGGACAUCUCCUUCACCGUGUUGAAGGAAGAUUCCCACAACAUUUCUGCCAUGGUCACCUGUCGGGCCACAGAAGGGACUCCGCCGGUCACCUUUUCAGUAUACAACACGACAGAAUUGGUUGCCAAUGUAACAGUUGAGGAGAGAAACGCAACAUUUAAGGUUCCGCUGGUUUUGGGCCGGGACUUGGGAUGGCUCCACUGCCAGGCGAGCAACGGAGCCCAGAUCCAAAACAGUCCACGCAUUCUGCUGAAAGUUGUGCCGGUCGGUGGGCCUGUGAGGAUCCGUUACGACUACGACGUAGAAAACUACGCCGUAAUCGGCCUGCGGUUCUACUGCCGGGCAGCGAAGGGAUCUCUUCCCCAGUACCGGUGGUUCCUCAACAAAACCCUCCUACACGACAGAGGAAGCUUCUACCAUGUGGUCAACCAGCCUCCAGAACAAUCCAUACUCCUGCUGUCGGCAGGCCGGAGCAGCGCUGGAACGUACCACUGCGACGUGUCGGACAGCUUCGACAGCAGCAGCUCCAUCAGCAGCAAUAAGCUGUAUUUGGAUAAAGAAGUGCUGAAUCGUCUCCCCGUCCUGGUGGUGGCAGUUGUCUUUGGGUGUUUUACCUUCCUGGUUGUCCUGGUCUCCAUAUGUUGUUUGGCUGGAGUGAUAUUCAAACAAAGGCAGUAUGGAAGGAAUUCUCUGUUGAGCUUGGAGAUGAAGGGACUGGCAGCUGCAUAUGAGGACGAGCUGGAUUUAUCAGAGUACAAUAAAGACGCCGUUUUUGUGGAAUUUGAUCAGGCAUCCGGGGCCUCCUCAGAUGAAUGGCCCCGAAUUGAGGAAGAGAAGGCGUCGCAGGAUGAACCAGCUGAGGGGCCCUGAGGGGCCAAACAGUUUAAACACGUCUGUUACGGUUAAACUGUCUGCUCGUGCUGUCACGUCUUUUCAGUGUGAUGCAUUAGACCGAUUAAAGCAUUUGUGGUGACAAACAGUAA